CUACAUUCUACGUUAUGGCGGCGCACCAAAGAAAUAAGAUACACAGUCUGUUAUGAAGGAAGGACUAAGCUAUGUAAUCAAGUCUAUAAUUGUGAUAAUUUGGAAUAUUAAUGUGGUUAUUGAAACGUGUUUAAAAAGUGAACAGUGAUAAAUCGGAUACGAUAUUUCAAAUCAUUUUAACGUCAAAUUGUGAAAGAUAAUUAAUUUACUGCAGUGAAUACGACUUUCCUAUAUUGUGUCAUUGACUCGAGUCGAAGUGUCAAAAUCGUCCUAACUUGUUUUCUGAAAAUCUAAUCAAGAUAUUUACCGAAAAUUUGUUUAUUAAACAUCGUUCAGUUGUUUAAAAUGAGAUCUAAACAAUAUAUUUCUUGGCUAAUCAUUGUUAUUAAAUAGACAAUUUUGCUUCUACUAUAAUUUACACGGAAAUGAAAAGAUGUAUGUGACGCUAAUGCUUUGUUUUCUUUUUAUCGAAAAAUUUUCGUUACAAAUCUCACGUUUAUUUAGUGAUUUUGAUCAAAUGUAUACAGUGCAACAUAUCUCAUCAUUGUUUUUAUAUGUAUAUUAAAGGUACAUGUUAAAUAACAUAAUGAAAGACUUUUUCAUGUAAUUACAUAUUGAUUUGCAAAAUAUGAUACCACUGGAACAAAAUUACAGAACAUUCAGUAGGAUGUGUUUAUUUAAUGUUGUUUAUCAUUGAUCACAUCUUUACUGAGGCCAGAGAGUGAUGCCGGUUCAUCAGAUCAAUGUUAAUCCGCCUGACUGGCAACCACCUCUGUCACUUGGUCCUUCCAAUAAUAAUAGCCCUGCUGGUGGUGAAGGUUUACCAGAAUGGACACCAAGGGAAUCAACAUAUGCAACAGUAGUUACCAUUAUACCAGAUCAUUGUCAUUCAUCUGUCAGCACAUUGUCUUCAAGCAAUCAUGAUAUUUGUAGAAUAUGUCACUGUGAAGGGGAAGAAGGUGCUCCUCUUUUAGCACCUUGCUACUGCAGUGGCAGUUUACGUUAUGUACAUCAAGCUUGUCUUCAGCAAUGGAUAAAAGCUUCGGACACACGUGCUUGUGAAUUAUGUAAAUUCACAUUUAUUAUGCAUGCUAAAACAAAGCCAUUUUGUGAGUGGGAAAAACUUGAAAUGUCUGCUCUAGAAGUUCGCAAAUUAUGGUGUACAGUUGCUUUCCAUGCAGUAGCUGCACUUUGUGUGGCUUGGUCUUUAUACGUACUUGUUGAACGAUCCGUAGAAGAAGCUCGACGUGGAUACGUAGACUGGUCUUUCUGGACUAAACUAAUAGUUGUUGUAAUUGGUUCUACAGGAGGCUUAGUUUUUAUGUACAUUCAAUGCAAAUCGUACAUUACACUAUGCAGAAAAUGGCGAGCAUUCAACAGAGUAAUAUUUAUUCAAAAUGCUCCUGAGAAAGUGGUGCUUCCUCCCUCACCUACAGAUUCUUUGAGAGAAGUAACAUUACCUCUAAAGGAUCCAACUGCCUCUAUGCCUGAGCUCAAUCAUACUUUAUUACCCCGUAACAUAGACCCUCCAUGUGCCUCGCAGAUGGUGAAACCAGAUUCUGCCGCGCCUCCUCAAAGGCACGACGCUCAAUUGAAACUUUAUGUAUUUGAUAAAUUAUCCUCAUCCGAAGAUAACUUGUAAUACGAUUGGGGUGUAAUACAGAUGGCUGCUAAUUGUGUAUUAAUAAUUAGCAAAACAUGUAAUGCAAGUAUAAACAUGUGUCUAGAAGAAAACUAUAAUUCUAGACUACAAUACGAUUUCGAAAAAUCGAAAUUUCUAUUUCAAAACUGUCAGAUGUCCGCCCUUAUGGAGCACAUUUAUCUGAAAUCUAGUACUUCAGUGCUUACAUUGACAAUGGGAUAUUUGAAAAUGUUUAACCAUCAGGCUAAACAUUUUCUCUGACAAUUGUGUACAUAAUUAUUGUAUCUGUGAUGUUAUUAAAUAAACUUUACCAUAUUUAAA